AUUACUUAUUUCAUAAAAGUCAUAUUUGCUUGCAUAGAGAUUAAAAGCAUUCUUUAUGGGAAUUAUGGCUAUGAUAGUGUAGUGUGGUAGAACUUUAACAUGAUUAUUCAGUUGUCUGUAUGGUUCUGCGUUGGGUUGUCACUUGUUUUGGUUGAAUAAAUUGCAUGGAUAAUGUCUCACAAGUGAGCUCAAUAGAAAAUAUGGAUGAUUGUCUUGAAAAUGAUGAAUCUAUGCUGGCCACAGAAUCUGACAUAAAAUUUGCAGUUGAUAAAGUUGAUCAUGGUUUUGUGGAUGAAAAAAGCUUGGGUAGAAGGGAUGAUUCCUAUGAGGAACUCAACCAACAUCAGCGAGAGACUUCUCACUCACAAUGUGCAGACUUCAGAGAUCAAAUUUUAGAAUCUCCAGAAAAAUCUUUUCCUGUGCCCAUUGAUUAUGAUCAUGACAAUGCUAUAGAAGCAAAACCUGAUUUUCAAGAGAGGAAUCAGUCCAGAAACAAUGAUAGAAGUCAUCACCAAGGUGAGAUGGAAGAGUUGCAUGGCAGUAAUUCUUUUAAAACCUCCUCUCAAUCUCAGUUGCAAACUUUUGAGAAUGAAAUGGGAACUGAAGAUUCUCCCAAUUCACAGGAGUCUCAUCUGACAGAAAGUAUGGACCAGGGAGCUGGAGAUUCUGCUUUAUUUAGAACUAUCAGCUUAGAGAAGUUACAAGAUGAUUCAGUUAUGUCUUCCAUUUGUGGAAUAGAAAAGGAAGCUACUGAUCGGCAAACAGAGCAGUCAUUAUCUUCUCCCAAAUCACACUGGUUGGAUACUGAACCUAUCAAAGAUGACUCCCCAGGCGAGAAGAGACUACGAGGAGUACCCCAGUCUGACCUUCAGUUUCUUGGAAGAUCAGCCAGAGGAUCAGUAUCUUCUAUGACUGGGAUACAAAUUUCAGUUUCACCUGAAGGUUCUCCACUGCCGCUCCAUUCUCUCCAUGACCAUAAGCAAAGAUCUUCUCAGCAAGGUUUUCCAGACCCAUCAUAUGAACCCCGAUCUCAUAGGGAGAGAAUUUCUUCACCUGAAAGGUUUGAUGUGCAUACAGAAGUUGUCCUUGACCAUUUAUCUCCAUUGAGGAAGACAACUUCUUCUACACAUGGCAUUAGAAAUGAAUCCCUAAAGUCCCAUCACUCGUCUCCAGUUCAUCGGAAAAGGAACAGGUCAGAGUCACGAUCACCCUCUCGGCGUAGAGAUUCUCCCACUCGGCACAGAGGUUCACCCACUCGGCACAGAGUUUCACACAGUCAGCACAGAGUUUCAUCCACUCGGCGUAGACAUUUACUGAUUCGACAUAGAGUUUCACCACCUGGGCAUAGAGGUUCCCUCACUCGGCAUAGACAUUCCCCCACUCGGCUUAGAGAUUCUUAUGCCUACCAGAGAGAUGAUCGUGAUAGAAAUCGAUCAAGGUCCCCGAAUCCGAAAUUGUAUCAUGGACCAAGGUCCCCUUAUUCAAGAGCCCAUUAUAGACCAAGAUCCCCUUAUUCAAGAGACCAUCAUGGACCAACAAGUAGGCAAAGGCAAUCUCCAAGGCACAGAUCCCCUCAUCAUGAACAUCAUAAUUCUCAUCACAGGUCUUCUAGAAGGGCACCUUGGUCACCACCUUCUAAUAGAAAAACCGGAUUAGGGAAACCUGGUAGAAAUUUAUUUGUUGCAGGUUUCAGCUUUGUAACUUCAGAGAGAGAUUUGGAAAGGAAGUUCUCUAGGUAUGGACGGGUACAAGAUCUUCGUAUUGUUAGAGACAAGAGGUCUGGAGAUUCGCGUGGAUUUGGAUUUUUGACCUUGGAUAGUGAUGAAAAUGCUGAUGCGGCGAUCAGAGAUCUAGAUGAGACUGAAUGGAAUGGUCGGAUUAUUCUCGUGGAAAAAUCAAAAACUUGAGGAAGCAUGCAUUGGCAACCUCAUCACAGCUAGAGAUUGGAACCUGUCUUGGUUGGUUAAUCUUGUAAUUACUGAUCUUAAUACUGUCCACCAGAAUCAUUGACUCACAGUAAUCACCUAUGGCACAUAUAUAUCAUGGGAUAUAUUAUACAGUAUAAAAGUAUUAUGUCAUCAAAUUGAAUGAACUCUAAUAUCUUCUUUGUAGGAACUAAAAUGUCAUCAAAUUGCUCGUUUUUUUUAAUGUUUCUUUUUUGCAACGUGCAAAUAACGGUUUAAGUUGCACAGAAUCUGUACAUUUGCAAGUACAUCCUCGUUGAAAUCAGCCAGAA